AUGCUGGGAGAGAAGGCGCUACAGGGCAUCGCUGCUUACAAGUACAAGGCGGGAACGUACACUUACCUGGACAAUUUGCUAAAUCACUUCUGGACGUACUCAGUGCAAUUUAUCCCGAUAUGGAUGGCUCCGAAUCUUGUUACAAUGAUUGGUGCCGGCGUCAUGAUGCUCACGACGAUAGUGCAGCUGUACUAUGCGCCACAUUUUUCUGAGGUCUGCCCCACUUGGGUCUACGUCAUGUCGGCGUUAGGCCUUUUCUUCUACCAGACAAUGGAUGCCUUGGAUGGUAAGCAAGCACGCCGCACUAGCUCCUCCUCUCCGCUAGGUCAGCUCUUCGACCAUGGCUGUGACGCCGUGUGCACCAUAUUCAAUGUACUGAGCGCAGCUGCCACGUGUCAGGCUGGUGCUGGCCUGCGUCCGUAUCUUGCACUAUCGUCCGUGUCCAUUGCAUUCUACUUGGCGCAGUGGGAAGAAUACCAUACGGGUGUUAUGAGCUGCGGUAAUGGCUAUUUUGGCGUCACAGAAGGACAACUGACGCUGGUUGCGGUUCACCUUUCUGCAGCAAUUUUUGGCCCUAGCUUCUGGACGGCAGAGCUUCCAUUUACAAUGUCCUUCCACCUUACCAUGACGGAUGUACUUAUUGGUACACUAGUCGCGAGCAAUGUUCUUUUGGCCUACGGUAACAUCUCGAAUGUGCUGCGAACGGCUCCGGACGUGAUACCACGUAACGAGUUAGGCAACAAGCACAUUUCAAAAGAUCUUGCCAUCUUCCAGUUACUUCCGAUCGGCACUCUUCUAGCUCUAGGAUCGGUUUGGAUUUGCGGACCUGACGCAGAGUAUUAUGUUAACAAUCCGGUGAUGUAUUUAUUUCCGAUUGGUAUAGGCUAUGUGUAUUUCUCGACGCAAAUGAUCAUCAGCCACAUGUGCAAGAUCCCAUUCACUCCUCAGCUGCGCGUCAUUAUUCCAUUUGGAUUUAUGAUUUUUAAUGCAUACGGACCCGCUAUAGGAGUUACUACUAAAACGUUGAUUCCGACCAUUGUGGCUUCGUCGAUGUACGCUGUCUUUAUCGUGUCGGUGUACCUGCACUUUGUCUUCAGUGUCGUGAAAGAUAUAUGCGAUUUCCUCGAAAUAUUUCUUUUUAAGAUUACUCCGGUCACAAAGGAAUCCGAGAAGACGAAAUAG